AUGCGGAACAGCGACUUCAUCUCCACCAAUAAGGCUACCAGCCAGCUCCUGCUGGAGACGGACUGGGAAUCCAUCCUGCAGAUCUGCGACAUGAUCCGUCAGGGAGAUACCCAAGCAAAAUAUGCUGUUAAUGCUAUCAAGAAGAAAGUCAAUGACAAGAAUCCCCACGUGGCACUCUACGCACUGGAGGUCAUGGAGUCAGUGGUUAAAAACUGCGGCCAAACAGUCCAUGACGAGGUGGCCAAUAAACAGACUAUGGAGGAACUGAAGGAAAUACUCAAGAGGCAAGUGGAGACAAGUGUCCGCAGUAAGAUCCUGUACCUUAUCCAGGCCUGGGCUCACGCCUUCCGCAAUGAGCCCAAGUACAAGGUGGUGCAGGACACCUAUCAGAUAAUGAAGGUUGAAGGUCACGUGUUCCCGGAGUUCAAAGAGAGCGAUGCCAUGUUUGCUGCAGAAAGGGCUCCAGACUGGGUCGAUGCCGAGGAGUGUCACAGAUGUCGAGUGCAGUUUGGCGUUGUGACACGGAAGCAUCACUGCAGGGCCUGCGGGCAGAUCUUCUGUGGCAAGUGCUCCUCCAAAUAUUCCACCAUCCCCAAGUUCGGGAUUGAGAAGGAAGUGAGAGUCUGCGAGCCCUGUUAUGAGCAUCUCAACAAGAAAGCUGAAGGUAAAGCUGCUGCCACCUCCGAACUGCCCCCCGAGUACCUGACCAGCCCUCUCUCUCAGCAAUCCCAGCUGCCUCCAAAGCGUGAUGAGACAGCUCUGCAAGAGGAGGAAGAGCUCCAGCUAGCUAUUGCCUUGUCUCAGUCGGAGGCUGAGGAGAAGGAGAGAAUGAGGCAGAAGACAACCUACUCCAUGUACCCGAAGGCUGAGCCCACACCCGUCACAUCAUCAGCUCCCCCCGUCAGCACGCUCUAUUCCCCACCUGUGAAUUCCUCUGCUCCCUUAGCUGAGGACAUUGACCCAGAGCUGGCUCGGUACCUGAACCGCAACUACUGGGAGAAGAAACAAGAGGAAGUUCGCAAGAGCCCCACCCCAUCAGCACCUCUGUCCCUCACAGAGCCAACUGCUCAGCCUGGGGAAGCCCACCCUGCUCAGCUCAGUGUUGUUGAGCAGCAGUACCAGAACGGCGAGUCUGAGGAGAACCACGAGCAGUUCCUGAAGGCGCUGCAGAAUGCGGUCACCACGUUUGUCAACCGCAUGAAGAGCAAUCACAUGCGAGGCCGCAGCAUCACCAAUGACUCUGCUGUAUUGUCCCUCUUCCAGUCCAUCAACAACAUGCACCCCCAGCUGCUGGAGCUGCUCAACCAGCUGGACGAGCGCAGGCUGUACUACGAAGGUCUGCAGGACAAACUGGCCCAGAUCCGGGAUGCACGUGGGGCUCUGAACGCGCUGCGGGAGGAGCAUCGGGAGAAGCUGCGCCGUGCAGCAGAGGAGGCAGAGCGCCAGCGCCAGAUCCAGCUGGCCCAGAAGCUGGAGAUCAUGAGGCAGAAGAAGCAGGAGUACCUGGAGAUGCAGCGUCAGUUGGCCAUCCAGCGGCUGCAGGAGCAGGAGAAGGAGAGGCAGAUGCGCCUGGAGCAGCAGAAGCAGACCAUCCAGAUGAGAGCCCAGAUGCCAGCCUUCUCGCUGCCUUAUGCCCAACUCCAGGCCAUGCCUGCGGCCAGUGGGGUGAUCUACCAGCCCUCUGGGCCCACCAGCUUCCCUGGCACCUUCAGCCCAGCCGGCUCCGUGGAGGGCUCACCCAUGCACAGCGUAUACAUGAACCAGGCAGCACAAGGGGGCACGGGGCCGUACACCGCAAUGCCUGUCACGGGGACAGAUCCCGGCAUGGUGAAUGCCUACAUGUACCAGCCGGGGGCAGGCAGCGGGCAGGCAGCUCAGCAGGGGCAGGCGGUGCCCACCACCACCCCGGCGUACUCGUCCUACCAGCCAACUCCAACGCAGGGCUACCAGAGCGCAGCCUCGCAGUCGCAGAGCAUCCCGGCCAUCUCUCAGGCCCCGCAGUCGGGUGCCAUGGGCUACAUGGGCAGCCAGUCGGGCUCCAUGGUGUCGGCCUCGCGGGCCCCCACGCGUGGGGCGGCGGGGAGGAGGGCCCUGGGGCCUGGCCGGGUGUCUUCAGCGAGCUCUGUCUGCUUCCAGGAGGAGGAGGAGGUGGUCCCACUCAAGAAAGAGAAAACACAUUUCACCGUCCGGCUGACAGAGCUGAAACCCGCUGACAAGGUGAAGCUGAUCAAGGAGGUGAAGAACUUCGUGCCGGGAGUGAACCUGGUGCAGGCAAAGAAGCUGGUGGAGUCCCUUCCGCAGGAGAUCAAGGCUAACGCCUCCAAGGAGGAAGCAGAGAAGAUCAAAGCGGCGCUGGAGGCAGCAGGAGGGACUGUGGUUCUGGAGUAGGCGGCCCGGUCUCGCCACGGAGGGACUGGUGC